GAGAGAGAGAGACAGACAGAGAGAGAGAGAGAGAGAGAGAGAGAGAGAGAGAGAGAGAGAGAGAUAGGUUUAACUCUGGGGAGAAAUUGAGCUUGUUCUCUGUUCACCAUGGACUUUUCACCUGGGGCUCUGAUCCUCUGCUCUCUUUUAUGUUCAGUGGCUGGCCAGGCUCCUGUCGUCUCAGUGGUGCCCCCGGCUGCGACUGUCCGCCAAGGGGAGUCCGUCAGCUUCAGGUGCCGAGUGGGGAGCGGCGCGCAGCCAGUCCAGCUGGAGUGGAGGAGAGCCAGUAACCAAGCGUUACCGGACAAUGCCAAGCUUGGUCCUGAUGCCUCUGUGCUGACCGUCGCUAACACCCGACCUGGAAACCAGGGCCAGUACCUCUGUGUGGCAGCCAACUCUGCCGGCCGCAGCACUGCCAAGGCUGUGCUGAAUGUCAAACAUGCUCCCAGAGUGCGGCUGACACCAUCAGGCCCCCUGCAUGUCAGGGUGGGCGACCCCGUGUCAGUGGAGUGUCGCGCCACGGGAAGGCCGCACCCAACGCUGAAGUGGAAACGUCAGGGCUCCACCCUGCAGCUCGUCACCGCGGAGACAAAUAGCGUCAACACCAUACAGUGGGCUGCAGUGCGUCCCGAGGACUCAGGAGUUUAUAUUUGUCAGGCUGAGAAUAAUGAGGGGGUGACAGAGAUCAAGGUUCAGAUCGUUGUUGAGGUGGGGCCGGGAGCACCGGUGGCAACAGUCAGCACAAAAGAAAUGACAGUGGUGGAGGGACACAUAGUCACCAUGGAGUGUCAGGCCAGAGGUUCCCCUCCUCCGGUCAUCACCUGGUCCAAGCUUCGGGCGCCGCUGCCGUGGAAACACACAGUGGCCGGUGGGGUUUUGACCCUGACCAGCGUGGGGCGGCAGGACUCGGGACAAUACAUCUGUAACGCAACCAACACACAUGGCUACAGCGAGGCGUACACGCAUAUGGAGGUGGACACUCCCCCGUACGCCACCUGCCUGCCUGACCAGGUGAGACUUCAGCCGGGCGACGCCCUGCGCCUGCAGUGCCUCGCCCACGGCUCUCAUCCCAUCCAGUUUGUGUGGAGUCGGGAGGGCAGGGCGAACCUCCCCGCAGGGGCGGCGACCACGAAGGACGGACAGCUGCUCAUGGCCCACGUUAAACUGGGUGACAGUGGAACGUACAAAUGUGAGGCCACCAACUACAUUGGCUCCAGCGAAGCACUGGCCAAGGUCGUCAUAAAGGCUUAACCCGUUGUGGUCACACUGUGUCUGAUUGACAAACCAUCUGUACAAUGCAACUUUUACAAGCCUGGAUCCAUCACAGUUAAAACAGUUAAUACUGAGAAAAACACAAAAUUAUAUGAAAUAGAUGCAAAUAUGUAUGGAGAUGAAUGAUAGCAACACAGUUGAAAUGUUUGGUAUUAUUGUGCAUAUGGGUUAAUUUUAUACUUUUAUAGAAAAUUUAUACUAUUGCUAUUUUUUGCUUCUGUCACAUAUUUGCCUUUGGAAAGCUUUUCUCUGGAAGUCUGUGUGGACUUCUGACAUCCUGCUGUGUGUGUGGGAGUUGUUGUUUUUUUUCCUCUGUUGGAAUGCCUUUUCACCCAGUCCUCCUCUCUUCAUGUCAUCUGCUAAGUUCACCCGGUUGCACUGUAUUGUAACCAGGGCACAGAACAAACAAAAGCCUGAUUUCAUUUUUAAAAAGUCUUUAUCAUUCCAUUAAAUUGCUAAAUCAAUAAAGAUGAAAUAUUUGA